CAGCUCUGUAGUGAACGGGAAAGACGACAAUGCGAUCGAUUUUGGCAGUGACCGUAGUCUGUCUGCUUGCUUAUGCAAGUGGCAGCUACAUGACCAAGGAUGUCAAGUACGCCGAUAAAACUUUCCUGACCAAGCAGAAGGCCAUCCUGGAGAUUUUCCAGCAUGUUCACCAACCCGAGCUGCACACGUCCCUGUGGGAAGAAUCGAAGCACUUCGAUAUCGAGCAUAGCUUGGACCACUUCACCAACGUCGAAGCCGUGAAGGAAUUCCUGCGUUUCUACAAGCACGGUAUGCUGCCGAUGGAAGAGAUCUUCUGCGUUCAGAAUGAAUUCCACCGCGAGGAAGUCAUUGCUCUGUUCCAUCUGUUCUACUACGCCAAGGACUGGGAUACCUUCUACAAGACCAUGGUCUGGGCUCGCUUCCACGUUAACGAAGGCAUGUUUGUGUACGCUUUGACUGUUGCCGUGCUGCACCGUCACGACAUGGAAGGAAUCAUCCUGCCAGCUCCGUAUGAAAUCUAUCCUUACUACUUCUUCAACGAUGUUGUCAUCAGCAAGGCUCAACGUUACAAGAUGCAAGGCUUCUACGGAAUGAAGAAGGUCAACGAUGUCUACACUGCCUACAUCCCAAGCAACUACACCGGAUACUACGUCCACUCUGGCCCUGAACAGCGCGUCGGUUACUUCACCGAGGAUAUUGGCCUGAACUCCUACUACUUCUACUUCCACGCUGACUAUCCCUUCUGGCUGGGAGGCAAGGAAUUCGGACUCUACAAGGAUCGUCGUGGUGAAUUCUACCUAUACCAGCACCAACAGUUCCUGGCCCGUUACUACUUGGAACGUCUUUCCAACGAUCUCGGAGUGAUCCCAACCUUCUCGUGGCACAAGCCCAUCAUGACCGGAUACUACCCAUACAUGCGCUACUACAACGGAAUUCCCUUCCCAGUCCGUGACAACUACUACAGUGCCUCGUUCGAGAAGAACUACGUUGUCGAUGAAAUCGAAGACUUCGAGCACCGCAUCAUGGAAGCCAUCGAUCAUGGAUUCAUCACCCUGCCUGAUGGAACCUACGUCAACAUCACCAGCCCAUCUGGUAUCGAGUACUUUGGAAACCUGAUCCAGUCCAACCCCGACAGUGUCAACACUCGCUACUACGGUAACUUCAUCAGCCUGGCCAAGUACUUCCUGGGAGGAUCUUUCAAGAACUUCAACGAAUACAAGGCUAUCCCAGCCACCCUCGAACGAUAUGAAACUGCCAUGCGUGAUCCAGUGUUCUACCAGCUGUACAAGCGCGUCAGCGAGUUCUACUACCGUUACCUUGAUCUGCUGCCAUCCUACAAGAAGGCCGAGCUCGAAUUCCCAGGUGUCAAGAUCGAAACCGUUGAAAUGGACAAGCUGGUUACCUACUUCGACAAAUUCGAUGCUGAUAUCACCAACGCCGUCGAUGUUGAGGUCUUCGAUGAUUCCACCAUGAAGAGCUCCGAGAUGAAGAAAUUCGGCAAGAUUGCUCACUACCAGGGAGAAGACUUUGUCAUCUAUGCUCGCAUGCCCCGUCUAAACCAUCUGCCUUUCACCUUCAACCUGAACGUUGCUUCUGACAAGGCCACCAAGGCAGUCGUCAUCGUCUUCAUCGGUCCCAAGUACGACCAGUACGGCAACCAGUACGGAGUCAACGCUAACCGUGAAAACUUCUUUGAGCUUGAUCACUUCCUGGUUGAUCUGGUCCCAGGCAAGAACGUCAUCACCCGCAACUCCCAGGACUUCAGCUGGUUCGUCAAGGACCGCACUACCUACUUCGAACUGUACAAACAGGUCAUGCAGGCUUACAGCGGCGAUGGCAAGUUCCCAUUGGACAUGUCCGAGGCUCACUGUGGAUUUCCAGCCCGUCUGAUGCUCCCCAAGGGCAAGAAGGGUGGUAUGCCGUUCCAGUUCUUCUUCAUGGUUGCCCCGUACCAUGCCCCCAAGGUUGAGCGCUUCACCGGCUACGACUACACCGUGUCCUGCGGAGUCGGCUCCGGAGCCCGUUACAUCGAUGAGCUGCCAUUCGGCUAUCCAUUCGAUCGUCACAUCGAGGAGAGCGCUUGGUUCACCCCGAACAUGAAAUACUACGACACCAUGAUCUACCACAAGAGCGAAACCGAAGUCAACUCGGUUGGACACUAAGCUUGGGUGGUUGAUUUCAGGGCUCUAGUAUUAGGAUAUAGCUAGGCACGUAACUCACAGCGGGUUAUUUUUUAACCGGCUGUGGUUCAGGACAAAGAAAAUAUACCAAUGAAUACCAAAUGAAAGAA